UUAAGCAAAUGGAAAACCAAGCAGAAAAUGCGGCAACUGGCGACUGCGUGCGCGAUUAUCGAGUGCAGCAGGAGCUCUACUACAAAAUGUACUCACGGCUCGAGGUGCAGGAGUGGCUGGUAAAGGAUGCCGCUCGGAAUGCGGCCUACCGCCAGGCCAUUGGCUGGAACAAGGCGGCAUUCAGAGGCAAGACUGUCCUGGAUGUGGGCUGUGGCCUGGGCAUGCUGUCGCUGCUGGCAGCCGAGGCGGGUGCACGCCGCGUGAUAGCCGUGGAUGCGGCCAGAAUUGUGGAAUAUACACGCCACAUCGCUGUGGACAAUUCGUACACGAAUGUCAUCACGGUUCUCAGGGGCAAGGUGGAGGACAUAGAGCUGCCCGAGGGCAUUGAGAAGGUGGACAUAAUACUCUGCGACUGGAUGGGCUAUUGCCUGUUCUCGGGGAACAUGCUCGAAUCGCUGAUAUUUGCCCGGGACAAGUGGCUGGCACCUGGGGGACUAAUCUAUCCGGACUGUGCGCACCUGUAUCUGGGCGCCAUCUCGGGUCAAGCGGGUGAGGACCUCGAGCAGUGGAACGAUUUGUACGACAUCAACAUGGGGGCCAUUCGUCGCCGCUGCGAGGGCACCGCCGUGCUGAAGCGCCUCGAUGCACGCCAGCUGAUGAGCAAGGUCGUUCUGGUGAAAACGCUGGACCUGUACACGGCGACCCCUUACUCUUGCCUCACGCGCACCCACUACGAGCUGAAGGUCACGCGCAGCGGCCACGUUCCCGCCCUCUUCGCCUGCUUCGAUGUGGGCAUGGGGCAGUACCCAAGGCGCGUUUGGCUCAGCACGUCGCCGCAUGCCCCUUGGACCCACUGGAACCAGACCGUUUUCCAUCUGCGCUCUCCACUGACCGUCGAACCGGAACAGCUCAUACGAGGGGUAUUCAGUCUGAAGCCCAGCCUGAAGAGCAUUUACGGCUUGGAGUUUGACAUUAGCUUUGAGCACAAAGGCAGCGAGAAGCGAGCGAUGGGCAGGCAAGACUACUCUUUGGAUUACAUUCUGCCACAGGGAUUGUAGGAAGGGGAAAACCAC